GCGACCGGGGAGAAGGAGGGCCAAGAUGGCGAAAGCGGCCGAGUCUUCAGGAGACCCGGGGACAACAUCGCCCAGGCCCCUGUUUGCAGGCCUUUCCGAUAUAUCGAUCUCACAAGACAUCCCCGUGGAAGGAGAAAUCACCAUUCCUAUGAGAUCUCACAUUCGGGAAUUUGACAGCUCCACAUUAAAUGAAUCUGUUCAGAAUACCAUUAUGCGUGAUCUAAAAGCUGUUGGGAAAAAAUUCAUGCAUGUUUUGUACCCAAGGAAAAGUAAUACUCUUUUGAGAGAUUGGGAUCUGUGGGGCCCUUUGAUCCUUUGUGUGACACUUGCAUUAAUGCUUCAAAGAAGCUCUAUAGAUAGUGAAAAGGAUGGAGGGCCCCAGUUUGCAGAAGUGUUUGUCAUUGUCUGGUUUGGUGCAGUUACUAUCACCCUCAACUCAAAACUUCUUGGAGGAAACAUAUCUUUUUUUCAGAGCCUCUGUGUGCUGGGUUACUGUAUACUUCCCUUGACAGUGGCAAUGCUGGUUUGCCGGUUGGUGCUUUUGGCUGAGCCAGGACCUAUAAACUUCAUGGUCCGGCUCUUUGUGGUGAUCGUCAUGUUUGCCUGGUCUAUAGUAGCCUCUACAGCUUUUCUUGCCGAUAGCCAGCCUCCAAACCGCAAAGCCCUGGCCAUUUAUCCCGUUUUCUUGUUCUAUUUUGUCAUCAGUUGGAUGAUUCUCACAUUCACUCCUCAGUAAAUCAGGAAAUGGAAACUAAAAACCAGUGAAUUGAAAGCUCAUCUGAAAGAUGCAAUUCACCAUGGAGCUUUGCCUCUGGCCCUCUUUUGUCUAAUUUUGGAGGUAUUUGGUAUGUGAGGAGAUUUAAAAGGGAGCCAUAAAGCACCGUCACUGCUUAUGUAAAGGAACCGAUGUUUGAAAGGCUGUCCUUUGCCUCCUGAUGUUAUUUCUUCAAAAUGCGUAGUAUAUGCAGUAUACUGCCUCAAGGCAUGAUAGGAUCACUGUGGUCCUUUCGAGUGACAGCCAAUGAUUUGGGAAGCACAUGGAUACAUCCUGCAAGUUGAGUGGACUUAGCAACUGUAUUUUCAGUUUUGAGAAUACCAGUUCAGGUGCAGCUCUUAAACACAUUGCCUUAUGACUAUUAGAAUAUGCCUCUCUUUUCAGAAAUAGGAAUGGGUAGUCUCUCCAUGUUGUUUCCUUUCUUUCUUAGGCUUAAAAAGGCAAUGACAGACGUUGGGAAGGGGCUUCAUAAUUGGGGAGGAGAAAACAUGCAUUAACCAGUAUUCAGAUUUUGACCGGAGAAAAUUCUGCACUCAUAGCUUUUUAAAAAAGCAAAGGACAUCUAAAGAAUCAGCUUCUUUAGUUGUUCUGUAUAGUCCCUUUUCCGCCAUGCUUAUUAACAGCUGCACUGAUACUCUAGUUUUUAAUCUUACUCCCUAGCUCUGAAUAUGUAAGCUGUUAGCAGUCAAUAUGUAAUUUUCCUUUCAUUAAAGUUCUCAGUGGACCAGUGCUUGAACUUACCUGAGUGGAAGACCUCAGAAAUUUAGAUUGGUUGGUCCUUAAUGCAUAUUAUCAUUUGGGCACUUGUUUCUUCUUCAGGGUAGAAUGAGGCAGUUUGGAUACAGCAUAGCUCUAAGGAAUUCUUCAUUAUUCUGUGUAAUCUGGCCUCUAACUAGAAAGUAAAGCUAAAUCUGAAGCCUGCAUUUAACCAUGUGCACAUGGAGGGAUUCAGUGUUCUGCUGGCUGGUUCACAGAACAGCUAGAUGCUUAGAGCAUGACGUUGGGUGACGUGCGUUUACAGCUGCCACCUCUCCAUAGUGGGCUUAGCAGUUUUUUCAUUAGAUGUGCUUUUUGGGUUGGGGAAUAGCAAUUUGUUUUCUUGGUUUUAGACUUUAUUUGUAAAGCUACUUAGCUUUUCUUUAGACAAGUACUUUUUUUGCACAUGUGCACCUCUACUUGUAUCCUCAGCUAUUUAUACACACAAGUGUGAAGGCUUUUCAGCGAGCAGAGUGUCUGGAAAGGCUGAUUCUAAGCUAAACAGGGCUCCUUUAAGGUAAUACGAGCUACUGCCUUCUAUAAAUUGCACAUUGAAGAACUCUUAAUAGACAAAAGAUUAGGAGUCAGGCAGAAAACAUUCAUUGUAUAUACAGUUACUUACAAAGAUAGGAAUUUAUUCCACGGUCUUUCUUUAUCAUGGACUCUAAAUAUUUAUUCAUUUUCUAUCUAAAGACUAUCUACACAUAGAUAUGUAAUUUUAAAAACAUAUUUUCUCCAUUCCCAGAUUAACUAAGAACACUACUAGGGCAAAUGAGUUCUUGGAGUGAUACUAAAUUAGUGAGCAUUACAAAGUUGGUCCCUUCUGUCCCAGCCUUGUCCAGAGGUUUUGGUUAUAUAUUUAUAUUCAUUUCAGUUUCCCUUCUAAUUAAAAUAAACCUGGUGAGCACAAAGCCGAUUUUUCAAUCUUGAAUUGGUAAAGACAAUAUUUUGAAACUGGUUUUGAUUUGAAAUUGGUCCUUAAGUUAUCAUCCAUUUGUAUUGUCUGAAAUUUCCUAACCUUUACUAAAAACAUCUCUCUUCCGAAGUUAUUUCAUAAUCUGUCCCAAUGGUUAUAAUGUAAAAAUUAAAGAAAUGAUCAUGUUUCUCAAAAGGGAAUUGCCUACUGAAUUGUACUCAGGCUAAAUAUUUUGGUCAGAAAUUUUUAAGGCUACA